AUGGCUCUGUUGACUUUUGUGCCCAUUGUAACAUCAGAAACAACAACAACUGGACACCCUCACAAUAAUGAUUGUUUGUUACCAACUGUAACAGGACCUUGUCAUGCGUAUUUCCCACUUUUUUCUUAUGAUCACAAGACACAUUCAUGUACACAGUUUGUUUAUGGUGGCUGUCGUGGAAAUGCUAACAACUUUCUUACAAAGGGGGAGUGUGAAAAGAGCUGUGUUACCGAAGAAUUUAGAGAAACCGGUAUAAACAAGUGUUUGCCUUUUUCAGAUUGUUUGUUGCCAACUGAUUCAGGACCUUGUGAUGUGUAUUUCCCACGUUAUUCCUACGACCAAAAGACAAAUUCAUGCACACAGUUUGUUUAUGGUGGCUGUCGUGGAAAUGGCAAUAACUUCCUUUCAAUGGCGGAUUGUGAAAAAAAUUGUGUAAAUACUAGAUAG